AUGGGUGGGCAUUUUGUGCAGGGACAUGUGGAUGGGACUGGAGAGAUUGUGGGGACUGAGGUUGAGGGAGAUUCAUUGUGGGUUAAGGUUAGUACUGAUAAAGAGUUGUUGAAGUACAUUGUGCCAAAAGGGUUUAUUGCUGUGGAUGGGACUAGUUUGACUGUGGUGGAUGUGUUUGAUGAGGAUGUGUGUUUUAACUUUAUGCUGGUGGCGUAUACGCAGCAGAAGGUGGUGAUUCCUCUGAAGAAAGUCGGUCAGAAGGUGAAUUUGGAGGUGGAUAUACUUGGUAAAUAUGUGGAGAGGCUUCUUAGUAGUGGGGAGAUUAUGGCAUUUCUCUUACCUCGUUUGGACAUUAUAUGUGCAGUCUAUAACCUUCUAGAAUUUAGCAAACCAAUAAUCUGGACUCCUGCAAGGGAUUUUUGGUUUAUAAGUGAUUAUGUCAAGGGCCCAGAGUUGGGACCAUCAAUUAGGUUAUCCGUGGACAGAGUGUUGGAACAUGAAUUUGGUAGUUAG